AUGGACGCGCGCCCAUUCGAAUAUACCGACGAAGAGAAUGGGGACACCAAACGAGAGCCCAUGACCGAUGUGGAGACGAGCGGCGACACGUCUGACGGUUCAUCUUUGAAGGAAUUGAGGGAGGAUCUGCUUGACGCUACGACGUUGUCACCUAUGCGCAAGCUGCACAUUGUGGUGGCCGGCUUUACAUGCACCUUCAAUGGCAAUCUCGGAUCAUCGAUGCCUUCAGGGGCAAUGGAUGCAAUUAGCGAGCAGUUCGGAGUCUCUGAUCGCGUCCACCUUAUCCUUCUCAACUCGCUUUUCAUGUGCGGAUACGUGCUUGGGCCCUUGCUCUUUGGACCAUUAAGCGAGUAUAUUGGAAGACGUCCGGUACUCAUCGGCACAUAUUGCGGAUACAUUGUCUUCAUGUUGGCCUGCUCCGGAGCCCCGACUUAUCCGGUUCUGCUCAUCUUCCGUCUUCUUUGCGGCAUCAACGCGGCAGCGCCAACAACUGUUAUCGGCGGGCUCUAUGCCGAUAUACUCGAUAACCCCGCGGUUCGAGGAAACGCCAUGGCACUCUACAUGUCGGUCACGACUGUCGGCCCACUGAUUGGACCGAUAGUCUCAGGUUUCUCGUCCCCGGUGUCCUGGCGAUGGCCAUUUUGGAUCGCUGGCAUCCUCGCGAUUUGUGGACUGCCCCUGGUUCUCACUUUGCCCGAGACAUAUGCACCUGUUCUUCAUAAUCAGGCAGCUGAGAGGCAGCUAAAGCGGAACAAGGGCGUAGUCGAUGGGAAAGAGCAACAACAACUGGAGUUGCAGCCAUUCAACGUGCGGAAGAUCUUCCUUCGACCCAUGAAGCUCCUGUUCACCGAACCGAUCCUCAUGGCCACGUCUGCGUAUCUCACAAUGGCGUACUCUGUGUUUUAUCUCUUAUUCCAGGCAUAUCCAUUCGUCUUCCGAGAUUUCUAUGGCAUGUCGCCAGGAAUGGCUGGACUUGCGUUUCUGCCAGUGGUCCUUGGAGUCUUCUUUGCGCUUGUCAUCUUCUCGUCUUGGACAUGGUAUCAUGGCAAACAAGUCAAAGCCGGAGCAGAAUGGGCUCAGAAGCCGAUCAAUCGCAGACUGCCUCUGGCAUGCAUAGCUGCUCCCCAGAUGGUCAUCGCUCUAUUUUGGCUUGGCUGGACCGUAUGGCCCUCCACAUCCCCCAUUCUGCCCAUGUUUAGUGGAGUCCUUUUCGGCUGCGGAUUCAACCUGCUUUUCAUGGGCAUGAUCAACUACCUGACCGACGUUUUUCGGCAAUACUCUGCCUCGGCACAUGCAGCAGCCAGCAUGACGCGCUCAAUCGGAGCCAUCACGCUGCCUCUGGCGGCAGGCAAGAUGUACGGUAACCUUGGCGUCCACUGGGCUCCGUCGGUUUUGGGGUUCAUUGCGUUGGCAAUGGGAGUGAUCCCUUUCAUCUUCAUCAGGUUCGGCGACAGUCUUGCGAGGAGUAGUAGGACAGCACGAGAGGCGUUUGCCAUUCAGAAAUGA